AUGAAGUUGCUUUCGCUCUUUUUAUUCAACCUAGGGGUUGAUGCGGUUUCGAUCGAAAAGGGAGACGCUGCGGUCGAGAAAGUUAUUAGCGAUGAACUCGUCAAAUGUGGUCGGAACAGCAUGUCUAUGCCACGAUGUGUUCUGAAUCUUCACGAUGCCUUGCUUGUCGAAACUGGAAGAAAGUACAGUUGCGUUUGCUCCGACGAUUCCGCUCGUACUGCUGGACACUCGACGAUUCCGACCAACACUGGAUACGGUCAUGGAUACAAUCUUGUUGCCUCCUGUGGCAUCGAAGGCAAUUCCAACGUCUAUAAAGACCUCUUCGAGGCUUAUUGCGACAUCUGCUCAAGCGCUUGCACAUAUCAAUCGAACCCACCAAUGUGCGCUGUUGAAUGUAUGGGAAAUGUCUCACAAAGUCUCGGCUUUUGUGAAACGAAGCAAAUAACCAUGCUUGUUGGGCAGGGCGAUAUGGGUAUCUACUCCUAUGGUGGCGAUAUGUUCGGCUCGAGAUAUGCUGGAAUGACAUGCGCUGCUUUCUGUGUCUGA